CGGCGCCCGGUAGCUUCUCCCGGGAGGGACCCGAGCUCCAUCCCUGGGGCCCGGGAGCAGCCCCUAAUUCUCUCUCCCCGAGGAUCUCACCCUUCCCUUCUGCCAGAGCGCAAACUCCGCGGAAAAAGCGCUGCUCCUGAUUCUUACCACCUGCUGGCUCAAAGCAAUCGCUAUAAAAAGCAAGGGCUGGGAGCUCCUCUCAGCUUGUUUCCAGGUGAGACCGAAGGCUUGCCCGGCGGCAAAGUGACCCUGCGGCAGAGAGGAACUUCGGGCGAUUCGGCCGGCUCCACCCGCGGCGAUGGACUCUUUCGCCGCCGCCGAGACCUGGACGGACGGCGCUGGAGGUGCGGGCGCCGACGGCCGGAACCUGAGUGCUGCGCUGGCGGCUGGGGCUGCCGCGGAGGCGCUGGGGACUGAGUGGCUGCAACUGCUAGUUCAAGCCGGUAACCUGUCCUCCUCCCUUCCAUCCUCGGUGCCGGGACUGCCCACGACUUCCCCGGCGCCCUCGCAGCCCCGGGCCAACCUCACCAACCAGUUCGUGCAGCCGUCCUGGCGCAUCGCGCUCUGGUCCCUGGCUUACGGCGUGGUGGUGGCCGUGGCCGUCUUCGGAAAUCUCAUUGUCAUCUGGAUCAUCCUGGCCCACAAGCGUAUGAGGACCGUCACCAACUACUUCCUCGUGAACCUGGCUUUCUCCGACGCCUCCAUGGCCGCCUUCAACACGUUGGUCAACUUCAUAUACGCGCUUCACAGCGAGUGGUACUUCGGCGCCAACUACUGCCGCUUCCAGAACUUCUUUCCCAUCACGGCCGUGUUCGCCAGCAUCUACUCCAUGACGGCUAUUGCGGUGGACAGGUAUAUGGCCAUUAUCGAUCCCUUGAAACCCAGACUGUCUGCCACAGCUACCAAGAUUGUCAUUGGAAGUAUUUGGAUUCUAGCAUUUCUGCUUGCUUUGCCUCAGUGUCUUUACUCCAAAACCAAAGUCAUGCCUGGACGUACUCUUUGCUAUGUGCAAUGGCCAGAAGGUCCUAAACAACAUUUCAUCUACCACAUUAUUGUUAUCAUACUGGUGUAUUGUUUCCCAUUACUCAUCAUGGGUAUCACAUACACCAUUGUUGGAAUCACGCUGUGGGGAGGAGAGAUCCCAGGAGAUACAUGUGACAAGUAUCAUGAGCAGCUAAAGGCAAAAAGAAAGGUUGUAAAAAUGAUGAUUAUUGUUGUGGUGACAUUUGCCAUCUGCUGGCUGCCUUAUCAUAUUUACUUCAUCCUCACUGCGAUCUACCAACAGUUAAAUAGGUGGAAAUAUAUCCAGCAGGUCUACCUGGCUAGCUUUUGGCUAGCGAUGAGUUCAACCAUGUACAAUCCCAUCAUCUACUGCUGUCUGAAUAAGAGAUUUCGAGCUGGCUUCAAGAGAGCAUUUCGCUGGUGCCCUUUCAUCCAGGUUUCUAGCUAUGAUGAGCUAGAGCUCAAGACCACCAGGUUUCACCCAACUCGGCAAAGCAGCCUGUACACCGUGACCAGGAUGGAGUCCAUGACAGUGGUGUUUGACCCAAGUGACGCAGACAACACCAGAUCCAGUCGGAAGAAGAGAGCUACACCAGGAGACCCAAACUUCAAUGGCUGCUCCCGCAGGAAUUCCAAAUCUGCCUCCACCACUUCAAGUUUCAUAAGCUCACCCUAUACCUCUAUGGAGGAAUACUCUUAAAACCACUUGCUAUUGUGAAAGAUGAGUGUAAAGCUAUCACAGUCCCAUUCUCUUUAUCAGUUCUGUCCUACAAAUUCUGGAAAUAGAAGGGCAAUGCUUACAGUGACAAAGCUAACAUAAAUGUAACACAAACAUUAAGAUAUUAGCUGUUUCCCCUAAAAAAUG